CGUUGGGUGAGACGCGUCGGGAAGUGUCUGGCCGCCCAGGUGGGACCUGGCGGCACCCCGAGGAGUGAGCGCGGUGGGCUGCGAGACCAGGCGCCGGAUUGACGUGCUGGAGGGCGUGCGGCCGCCGUGAAAGAUGGAUACUACAAUGCUGAAUUUGCGGAAUCUGUUUGAGCAGCUUGUGCGCCGGGUGGAAAUUCUCAGUGAAGGAAAUGAACUUCAAUUCAUCCAGCUGGCAAAAGAUUUUGAGGAUUUCCGUAAGAAGUGGCAGAGAACAGACCACGAGCUGGGGAAAUACAAGGAUCUUUUGAUGAAAGCGGAAUCUGAGCGUAGUGCUUUAGACGUUAAGCUGAAGCAUGCACGUAAUCAAGUGGAGCUAGAGAUCAAACGGAGACAAAGAGCUGAGGCCGACUGUGAGAAGCUGGAACGACAAAUUCAGCUGAUUCGAGAGAUGCUCAUGUGUGACACAUCUGGCAGCAUUCAACUAAGUGAGGAACAAAAAUCAGCUCUGGCUUUUCUCAAUAAAGGCCAACCAUCCAGCGGCAAUGCUGGCAACAAAAGACUAUCAACCAUUGAUGAAUCUGGUUCCAUUUUAUCAGAUAUCAGCUUUGACAAGACUGAUGAAUCACUGGACUGGGAUUCUUCCAUGGUGAGGAAUUUUAAAUUGAAGAAAAGAGAAAAGAGGCGCUCUAGUAGCCGACAGUUUGUUGAUGGACCCCCUGGGCCUAUAAAGAAAACUCGUUCCAUUGGCUCCACAGUAGACCAGGGGAAUGAAUCCAUAGUUGCAAAAACUACAGUGACUGUUCCCAAUGAUGGUGGGCCCAUUGAAGCUGUGUCCACUAUUGAGACAGUGCCUUACUGGACCAGGAGUCGAAGGAAAACAGGUACUUUACAAACUUGGAACAGUGAUUCCACCCUUAGCAGCAGGCCACUGGAGCCAAGAACUGAGACAGACAGUUUGGGCACACCACAAACAAAUGGAGGAAUGCGCCUACAUGACUUUGUCUCUAAGACGGUUAUUAAACCUGAAUCCUGUGUUCCAUGUGGAAAGCGGAUAAAAUUUGGCAAACUGUCUCUAAAGUGUCGAGAUUGUCGAGUGGUUUCUCAUCCAGAAUGUCGAGAUCGCUGUCCUCUUCCCUGCAUCCCUACCCUUAUAGGAACACCUGUCAAGAUCGGAGAGGUUCUGACUUCUAAUAUUGAACUGCUGGCCAAAAUCACAGAUGAAGACAACAGCAUAGCUGCCAUGUACCAGGCUGUCAGUGAACUGCCCCAGGCCAACAGGGACACAUUAGCCUUCCUCAUGAUUCACUUGCAGAGAGUGGCUCAGAGUCCAAACACUAAAAUGGAUGUUGCCAAUCUGGCUAAAGUCUUUGGCCCUACGAUAGUUGCCCAUGCUGUGCCCAAUCCAGACCCGGUGACAAUAUUACAGGAUGUCAAGCGUCAACCCAAGGUGGUAGAGCGUCUGCUUUCACUGCCCUUGGAAUACUGGAGUCAGUUCAUGAUGGUGGAGCAAGAGAAUAUUGAUCCCCUGCGUGUCAUUGAAAACUCAAAUGCCUUUUCAACACCACAGACACCAGAUAUCAAAGUGAGCUUACUGGGGCCUGUGACCACGCCUGAGCACCAGCUUCUCAAGACUCCUUCAUCAAGUUCCCUGUCACAGAGAGUCCGCUCCACCCUCAGCAAGAACACUCCCAGAUUUGGGAGCAAAAGCAAGUCUGCCACCAACCUAGGACGACAAGGCAACUUUUUUGCUUCUCCAGUCCUCAAGUGAAGUCACCCUGCUUCCUACUUGCCAGCUUUUACUGACUGCAAGAAAGGGCACACCUGUACUCUGCUUUGCAGCCUCCGUACUACUUUUAGCAUUCUCCAGGCUUUUAAUCAAGUUUAAUUGUGCAUGAGGGUUUUAUUAAAACUAUAUAUAUCUCCCUCUCUUUCUCCUCUAGUAACAUAAUAUCAGCACCUUGUGCUAGUUGUGUGUUAGAAACUUUUAGAUGAGAAAUCUUUUCUACAGGGGUAGGUAGAAGGGAUAAUAUGGAAUUUAUUGUGAUUCUUUUGGGGGCAAGGACAUCCCUUUGACUCAAAACCAGAUGCUACGUAGAGUGACUUCUCUGGUUUUUAUGUAGAACUAAUAUUCAUGAGACAGGGACUGAAACCCUACAUCUUUGGUAAGACCAACUUAUGUCAGGGCAGGAAGUGAGAGGGCAGGGUAAAGACAGGAUUGGGCAGGGGAUGCAAGAUGGUUGCCUCUCAACCCUGAAGUCCCUUUUCUCUCUUGAAUUGAGCUGUAGCAUGAGCCUGCAGAAAAAUGGGAUAGGUUGCAAACAGAACUAGUGGUGGGAGAAUCUUUAGCUUUAAUUUGGAUUGAUUAGAUCUUAGUAUAAAAUGGCACAACCUUGUAAUACUACAACUUGUAUUUAUCUCUAAUGGACUACUGACUGGGCUUUGGACUUGGUUGGGAUCAGCGUUUGUUUGUUCUUCUAAAGUUGAAUUCAUUCUGAUGGCUGACUCUCUUACCCCUUGUCCAGCAAAAACCGUGUUUUCUAAAGGUCAGUUUGAUGUCUGUCUGGCAUCCCAGCUAACAAUUAAGAUUAGUUUGUAAAGAAAGUGUCAAUAUUUCGUGUGGCAAUAAAAGCCACAGUCGUUUUUGCUUUUGCACUUUGGAUGCUGAAUUUUCCCAUGAAACAGUCACAUCUAGGUAAACGUGACUUUUCUUCUGUCAGAUUAUUCCCAAUACCUGUAAAAAUGGUUUUCUUCUGUAGAAUGUUUCUGACUCACAUUGACCUUUGUCUAUAAGACUCAUAUUUGGAAUAAUAUUUGAAGAAAAGUAAAUAGCUUUUUCACAAUGUGAGGCUGCUUUUCUUGUCUUGGAUGGUAACUUCCAACACCUUUUUAGAAAAUAGCUUUCCUCAAAGUAUUUUGGGUCUCUUGUUCAUCUCCAUUUCUCGUUCCCUGUACCCAAUGGCCACCCCCUAGUUCACCACUUUCAGAGAUUUCUUUAUUUCUUUUUCAUUCUCUUUCUUUGUCCAAACUAAAAGUCUAGAUAUCAUAACUAUUAUCCUCUUAUUUGAAGCAAGAACUUUAAACAAACAAAAAAAAAAAACAACUUUUAAACUAGUCUCUAGGGACCAGACUGGUACAGAUUUUUAAAAAAAGAAAAAGAAAAUUUGCUGCUGGCUGGCGGGCUGCCUGGAACAUCCUUCACUGCUGGAAGUGACUGUGGAGUGAGCUGGGCUGAUUAACUGAGGGCACCUGCACUUGGAACUCUGAGGCUGGUGAACAGAAUGUAUUUGAGAUUGAACGUAAACAGUUGCAGGCUUAAUAUGUAACCGUGGAGAGAGGAGGCAACCUACUGGCUUUUUUCCCAGGAGGGGGCAGCUCUCACAGCAGGGCCCAUCUGCCUCAGCAAAUUGACAGAGGAUGGGUCCCAUCUCCCCAACCCUCCCCCUUAACACACAUGACUGCUAGGAUUUAGUGUGAUUUUUUUGUUUGUUUUUUUUUUUAAACUUUGUCCUAGAUGCUACCUCUUUUCUUGUCUUUGCAAGCCUCAAGUUGGCUUGGCUCCAUAUUUGCUGUUUUGUAGCAUCUCCCCAAGGUGCAUUUGAAGUCACUAAUGUAGAGGAAGUAAAUGGAUUGUGUAACAUUAGUGAAGGCAAGACUACCCUAUGCAGGAAUUGAUGGCCCAUAAAUGAAAAAGGAAAUAGUCCUGUGUGUCAAAUGUUGGCAGCUCAUAGUUGCUCAGAUUUUGGGCUAAGCCAAGAACUCUUAGCUGUGAAAAUAAUUCUGAUAUUAGCAAAGGGGAAAAUAUACCCACUUUCAGCUUAACAGUGCUUCAUGUGCAACAGCUUUGCUAUUGAGGGAUUCCUUAAUUAAAUUAUCUGUGCUUUGACUUGA